UCAAAACAUCGCGACGCUGGCUUACAAACACUGCAUGCUAACUGUUACCUAUUAGCCUGCUGCUGCAGCAGUAGUUGCAUAAUUUUCUAUAAACAAAUUGCAUAAUGCUCCAUUUAGUUCGCCCCGUCUGUGAUUGGUUGUGUCUUUUAUUCCCCUUCCCUCUCGACUUCGACGGUCUGCUCUUUUGGCUGAUCAGGAAACUCGGAAAACAAGCGAAUGCAUUCGCGUCUAUAGCGAGAGCACAUGUUUUCUCUCUUUUCCGUCAAGUGUGUCCUUCCCAGGACAUCUGUAACCAGGAAGUAAAGUCUCUGGGGCGGCUGUAACUCACAAUGCGUUGUUUAGGAUCGGGACAGUAAAUGCAAAACGGAUCGUGUCAUGAUUGACGUCGGAGCUCGGUGAACUUGGUCAUGUUGAGGCAUUACGUGAAUGUCGUGCUGAUAUGAAAUGUGCUUACUUCAGCUCAGGAUGAGUAAAGAAUUGGAGGAGCUUUCUCCCCUGGACGACUCGGGACACGGUGACGGCUCUGAGGAAGAAACCGAGGAGGAUGAUGAGCCCAAAAUUUGUCAAGUAUGCGGCGACAAAUCCACAGGCUACCACUUUAACGCCAUGACCUGUGAGGGCUGCAAGGGCUUCUUCAGGCGCGCCAUGAAGCGCCCUGCACAGCUCUGUUGCCCGUUUCAGAACGCCUGUGUCAUCACUAAGAGCAACAGGAGACAGUGCCAAUCCUGCAGACUCCAGAAAUGCCUCUCCAUCGGCAUGAAGAGGGAACUGAUCAUGUCGGAUGAGGCCGUGGAGAAGCGGAGGAUGCAGAUCAGGAGGAAGAGGAUGCAGGAGGAGCCUGUAACGCUCUCCUCUCAACAGGAAACUGUCAUACAGGAGCUGCUCACUGCACAUCACAAGACCUUCGACAUGACCUGCACCAACUUUAUUCAGUUCCGGCCUUUAGAUCCCGAUCAGAAAUCUAUUUCUGAGGACGGUCUAGAACCACACAGUGGCAGGGUCUUUCAAGCCACCAUGCACAAAACACUGUCUGAAGAUGCACUGCCACAGAACAUCAGCUUUACCUCGCCCUCCACCCCUUCCUCCACCUUUCAGAGUCCUGAGUCUAAAGAGCGGAAGCAGCAUAAAAGUGUCAUUUUCACUACUCUGCCACAUUUUACAGACCUCACCACGCACAUGAUCAAGAAUAUAAUCAACUUCAGCAAAACGCUCACAAUGUUCAGGACUCUGAUCAUAGAGGACCAGAUCGCGCUGCUGAAAGGAGCCACCUUUGAGAUCAUUCUGAUCCACUUCAACAUGUUCUUUAAUGAGGUGACGGGCAUCUGGGAGUGCGGCCCGCUGCAGUACUGCCUGGAUGACGCCAUGAGAGCCGGCUUCCAGCGCCAUCUUCUGGACCAUAUGAUGAAUUUCCAUUACGCUCUGCGCAAGCUGCACUUACAUGAAGAGGAGUAUGUGCUGAUGCAGGCCAUCUCGCUCUUCUCACCAGAUCGCCCCGGCGUGACACAUCACAGCAUCAUCGACCGCAACCAGGAAAUAGUAGCACUCACCCUGAAGACCUACAUUGAGGCCAAGCGGUCCGAGCCAAAUAAACAUCUGCUGUACCCAAAGAUCAUGUCAUGCCUGACCGAGAUGAGGAGCAUGAAUGAAGAGUAUACAAAACAAAUGCUGAAAAUCCAGGACAUUCAGCCUGAUGUGUCUCCGCUUUUACUGGAAAUAAUCAGCAAAGACAGCUAAGCCUUCACCGAGCAGACGAGACUCUCGCUAGGACGGAAAUCCAGUCAAAACCAGCGGGGACGAGGACUGUGCCUACUGAUAAUGAGCUACUGAACUGUCUGCAGCACACAGGGAUUGUGAAAUUGUAUUUUUAUAAUUGUGCUACUACAUGUAUCGGUGUUCCAGGAAUCUUUUCACAAGAGAACUAUUUCUUUAGUUCAUAACCGGAUGUAGGAUGACUCGUAUUAUCUCUAAGAUUCACUGCGUGGAUGAAGCUUGAAAUGUGGGGUGCGAUGGAGAUUCGACUCCCUUUUCCCCCGUCUGCAGUGUGUCGAGAGGAGACGCUGGAAGAGAACACUAUCACGGCUGCACACGGAUACAACGACAAUGUGAUGCAUAUUAGUCCAUUUGUGUUAGUAGUCCGUCUCUUGACAAAGCUGUUUAUUUAUUGUUCGUUUUUAAAUGCUAAAUAGUUUUAUAAGUGGACCGCUGCGAAGUAGGCUAUAUGUUGUGUUCAGGUGAUGUAAAAAAAUAUGCAUAUAUAAUAUCAGUGCCAAUGUCCGAUGUGAAUAGCUGUAUCUGAUUCAAACCUUUUCCAUACUAGAAUGUAAACGUUAGGAAUCUCAGAAAGAACGUGUUCAGGGCUUAGUUUACUCUACCUAUUUAAAAACAUGCUUUGCAUAAUCAUUUUUAAGCACAAUCAUUAGCCAUUAUUAUUGCAAUCACAAAUAAUGUAUAAUAAUGCUAUUUAAAUUAUACUAAUGAGGUUUUUUUUUUGCAUUAUGGAAAUGAGAAAAACAUUAUGCAAAAUAUCUGUUUUUUUUUGUUAGUUUUUUUGUGUAUUGUUACAGUUUUCUUCACAAUUAUUUUCCAUUACAGAAAUGAGAAUGGGAUUGUUUUUGCAUUUCAGAAAUGAGAAAAUAGGCUUUUUAUGCUAAAUAUCUUUUUUGUUUUGUUCAUUUUCAUAAUUAUUUUUAAUUACAGUAAUGGAAAAAAUAGGCUUACAUUUAUGCAAAAUGGGUGUUUUAUUUUCGGACCUGGAUAAGUUGUCAGAUUUUGUGAGAUCGACUGAUGUGUUGCUGAGUAUGUGCUAGCUAGUCAUGUCUGCUGUGAAUGUUUUAUAUUAGUAACAUAGCUUACAGAAUUUGUGCAACAUAUGAAUAUGAAUCUGAAGAAUCAGACAAGCUGCAAAAGUUCAUCACAUUGACACUUUCUUGAGAAGUGAUUGCCUUUUAAAAUGCUUCACUCAGCAGUGAGCGUAACCUUUUUUUCACUAAAUUCAGGGUUUAAAGCAGAUUUACAGAGCACACGUCAGAAUAGCUUUUAAAGGUAAUUUUUACCUUUUCUGGUUCGUUUUGUAAGUAAAGCUAAAAAGGCUAACCGUGACAAUCAAGGUAAAGAUUAUAUUGUGUUAUAUUUGGAUGUGACCUGACAAUGUAGAGCAGAUGUUGAGGGUUCAAACUAAGAGUGCAGUAUUUUUAGGAAAGGACCCUUUCACAUAUUUGACUCAAAUAACAAGCAAAGUAUUCAGAUUUCAGGUGUCUCUAUAAAGCACAGACUCAUUUACAAUGCCUUCAUGUCGGCAUGUGUAGAUUAAGCAUUUAUUUCAUCCUGUCUGCAAUAUGUCAUGAAACGAGUCAUUUCUACACAGCGCACUCAGGUUUUCUGUUAUUUUCGAAGUAAGACCCAGUAUGAGACCCUCUCAGGAAAAUAAAAUGUACAAUUGAAUG